ACAACCUCUCGUUUUAUUUGACUCAUGAUUUCGCUAAACUCUUUCUCUUCCAAAAAUAUUAGUCAGAUCUUCGUUGCUUUCAGUUUUCUCUGCCGGGCGGAGAAACACAAUUCCAUCCAUAUUUUUUUUUUCCGGUCUCUGUGCAUUUCCAAUGGAACCCUAUAGAUUCGUGAGGGACAAGGAAGUUGCAUAUUGGAACGAUUUCUUGUGGUAAAAGGAAUUGAUGAAUAGUACAGUUUCUGAUAUUUUAUUAGAGUUUCUUUCAGUUUUUGCUUCUUCUCUUUCUGUGAUUAAGCUCCUGCAUUUUUAAUCAAAAAGGGACAAAAAUGUUGCAAAUGGAGGAGGCGAAAGCAGAAGUGGAGAAGAAGUUGUCUAUACUUUUACAUUUUAUACAAAACAAGAAUAAGAUCCCAAAGGUUACACAGAAGGAGCUUGUUGGGAUCGUUAACGAUCUUCACGACCAGUGUCAGUUGCUUUACUCUGUGCUUCUUGAUUCGAGGACUGGUGGAAGAAAAGGACAAUCGGGUACUGCUUCUUCCUCGUUGUCUAGUUCGGAUUUGGAUUACUAUUCUUCAGAGGAAAUAGAGACCGGCGCGGGGGAGAUCACAUGGAGCUCGGAUUAUUCGGUGAUGCUCAGAAAGAUCCAAGAGACAGAGUCAACAAACGAAGUUUUGAAGAGACAGGUGAACAAUCUGAAACAAGAAACGGUUUUUCUUCGCGACCAAAACGUGGAGUUGGCGGGAGAUAUCGGAGGUAAAAGAAACGAGGACAGAGCACAUCUCAAGGGAUUGACGACAAAAGGUGAAGUUGCGUUGCUGCGUGACCAGAAGAACGAGUUAGCAUUGCAGCUGGAGAAGAAAACCAAUGAAGUUUCAGAGACACGGAUGCGACUGAAGCGUGUGGAGGAAGAAACCGAGGAACGUGCUAAGGCCGAGAUGAAGAUUGUUAGGGGUAAGAUCACAGAGAUAGAUCUCCUUAGGGAAGAGAAUCAAAAGCUGCACACAAGAAAUGCAGAGCUAAUUUCACUAGAGAAGCACCGAGAGAUGAAAAACAUUGAUGAAAUUGAAAAAGAUAAGAGUGACAAAACAGUGAAGGAGCAAGAAGAUGUCAUUCACCGGCUAUCAAUGGAGAUCAAGGAUCAAAAGAAGCUUCUUAAAGAGCAGAAAGUCGCCAUUGAUAAGUUCUCAGAGGAUCAGAAGGUAAUGAAACGUUGGUCAUUCGGUUCGAAACUGAAUACCAAACUUCUCGAGAGGAAAAUGGAAGAAUUAGCUGAAGAUUAUCGGAUGAAAAUGGAAGAUCAUCUCCGGAUACUGUACAGGAGGAUCCAUGUAGCCGAACAGAUACACAUAGAGAGCAAGAACAGCUAUGGCAACACACAAAGCAGAGGAAACAGAGGAGAUGCUACUGUCUCUGAAACCCAAUGCAAGAAAAUCAAAGAAAUGGUGGAGCAAGGGCUUGUUGGACCAGAGCUGGUUAUAAAGAAGCUGGAAGAAGGCGAGGAACUAACGAGUCGAGUCACAAGAGUAGCAAAAGAUAUUGAUUCAGCGAGAAAGUGGGUGCAGGAGAAGAAGAGUGAGAUGAAGCACGAUGUGGAAACUCUGGAAGCGAAGCUAGAGUGCAGAGAAGCACAAGAAACUCUGCUAAAGGAGAAGCUAUCCAAACUAGAAGCGAAGCUUGGAGAGGAAGGAACAGGGAAGCUGAGUCUAGCAAAGGCUAUGAGAAGAAUCAAAAAGCUUGAGAUUAGUGUGAAGGAGAGAGAUGUUGAGUUGUUGAGCUUAGGGGAAGAGAAGAGAGAAGCCAUAAGACAACUCUGUGUUUUGGUUGAUUAUCAACGUUGUCGAUAUGAUGAUCUCAAAACUUCCAUUUUUAAGGUUGCUCUUCAAGCAUGAAGUUUCUUCUUCUUCUUCUAAUAUGGUCUUGUUAUUUUGUUUUCUUAUCCGUCUAAAAUUGUAUAUAUUACGCUGCAAGGUUUGAGUAUCUUCUACUUCUAUUGAUGUAAAUGCAUUUGUUUUUGUAAAUAACAUUUUUUCCAUUACUUUGCUAAUUUUGGUCUUUUCAUCCAUUCAGUUAGAAUUUACAUAUUCU